AAAAGCGCGGCGAAAGCCGGAGACCGGACUUGGCCGGGUCUUGGUGGCCGUCAGGCUAUCCUGUGGCGGUUUCCGAUGGACUCCACCGCCUGCCUGAAGUCUUUGCUCCUGACCAUCAGUCAGUAUAAAGCCGUUAAGUCGGAGGCGAACACUACCCAGCUCUUGCGGCACUUGGAGGUAAUCUCCGGACAGAAGCUCACACGCUUAUUUACAUCAAAUCAGAUAUUACCGAGUGAAUGCUUGAGUUGCCUUGUAGAGCUGCUUGAAGACCCAAACAUAAGUGUACCACUGAUCUUUAGUAUCGUUGGUUUGCUAUCUCAAUUAGCUGUAGACAAUGAAACUAGAGACUAUCUUCAGAAUACGUAUAACCUGAAUAAUGUGCUGGCAGGAGUGGUAUGUCGGAGCAGCACUUGCCACAAUGAUUCAGUGUUUCUGCAGUGCAUUCAGCUUCUGCAGAGGUUAACAUAUAACAUCAAAUUUUUCCAUUUUGGUGCCAAUAUAGAUGAAUUAAUUACAUUCCUGAUAGAUCACAUUCAGUCUUCUGAAGAUGAGUUAACAAUGCCUUGUCUAGGAUUAUUGGCAAAUCUUUGUCGACACAAUCUUUCUGUUCAAACACACAUAAAGACUUUGAAUAAUGUGAAAUCUUUUUAUCGAACUCUUAUAAGCUUCUUGGCCCAUAGCAGUUUAACUGUAGUUGUGUUUGCACUUUCAAUAUUAUCCAGUUUGACAUUAAGCGAAGAGGUUGGAGAAAAGCUGUUCCAUGCUCGAAACAUUCAUCAGACUUUUCAGCUGAUAUUUAAUAUUCUCAUAAAUGGUGAUGGCACCCUGACCAGAAAGUAUUCAGUUGAUCUGUUUAUGGAUCUCCUUAAGAAUCCUAAAAUUGCUGACUAUCUUACCAGGUAUGAGCACUUUUCUUCAUGUCUUAAGCAAGUAUUAGGUCUUCUUAAUGGAAAGGAUCCUGAUUCUUCUUCAAAGGUUUUAGAAUUACUUCUUGCCUUCUGUUCAGUGACUCAGCUGCGUCAUGUGCUCACUCAGAUGGUAUUUGAACAGUCUUCACCUGGCAACACCGUCCUGGGAAGCCGUUCUAAAUGUUUAGAACCUAGUGUAGCUCUCCUUCGUUGGUCAAGCCAACCUGUGGAUGGAUCGGAAAACUGUUCUAUUUUAGCACUGGAGUUACUCAAGGAAAUAUUUGAGGAUGUCAUAGAUACUGCUAACAGUUCCUCAGCUGACUGUUUUGUGACCCUUCUGCUGCCCUCAAUCCUUGAUCAGCUGCAGUUCACAGAGCAAACUCUAGAUGAGGCCUUCAUAAGAAAUAAAUGUGAAAGGAUGGUCAAAGCUAUUGAAGUUUUGUUAACUCUCUGUGGAGAUGAUACUCUAAAAAUGCACAUUGCAAAAAUUCUGACUACUAUCAAAUGUACUACGCUGAUAGAACAACAGUUUACAUAUGGCAAGAUUGAUCUGGGGUUCGGAACAAAGGUAGCCGAUUCUGAAUUGAGCAAACUUGCUGCUGAUGUAAUUUUGAAAACUCUUGAUUUGAUGAACAAACUUAAACAUUUGGUUCCUGGUAUGGAAGUAAGCUUCUACAAAAUCCUUCAGGAUCCACGCCUGAUAACACCAUUGGCAUUUGCUUUGACAUCAGAUAAUAGAGAACAAGUACAGUCUGGACUGGGAAUAUUAUUGGAAGCUGCUCCACUGCCAGAUUUUCCUGCUUUAGUACUUGGGGAAAGUAUAGCAGCAAACAAUGCCUACAGACAACAGGAAACAGAACAUCUGCCCAGAAGAAUGUCUUUGCAGUCAUUAAAUCCCAGUUUUCCGUCAUCAGUAAAAUGUUCAACUCCUCCACUUUUGAAAGAUAGAGUUCCGGUAUCAAACAUUGAAGACUUAAUAGAGAAGCUUCAGUCUGGAGCAGUGGUAAAGGAUCAGAUUAAUGAUGUGAGAAUAUCUGACAUCAUGGAUGUAUAUGAGAUGAAACUGUCUACAUUAGCUUGCAAAGAAAGCAGGCUACAAGAUCUCUUGGAAGCAAAAGCUCUAGCCCUUGCACAGGCUGAUAGGUUGAUUGCUCAGUAUCGCUGUCAAAGAACUCAAGCUGAGGCAGAGGCACGGACACUUGCUGGUAUGUUGAGAGAUGUUGAGAGAAAAAAUGAAGAACUUAGUGUAUUGCUAAAGUCACAACAGGCUGAAUCUGAAAGAGCCCAGAGUGAUAUUGAGCAUCUCUUUCAACAUAAUAGGAAGUUGCAGUCUGUGGCUGAAGAACAUGAAAUACUGACAAAAUCCUACAUGGAACUUCUUCAGAGGAAUGAAACUGUUGAAAAAAAGAAUAAAGAGUUACAAGUCACAUGUGAUUCUCUAAGUAAACAAAUUGAGACACUGAAAAAGUUGAAUGAGUCACUCAAGCAACAAAAUGAAAAAACUGUUGCCCAGUUAAUAGAGAGAGAAGAACAGAGGAAAGAAGUACAGAACCAACUAGUAGACAGAGAAUGUAAACUGGCAAAUUUGCAGCAAAAAACAAAAGCACAAGAAGAAAAGAUUAAAGUCUUACAAAAAGAAAGAGAAGAUAAAGAAGAAGCAAUUGAUAUUCUUAGAAAAGAAUUAACUAGAACAGAACAUAUAAGAAAAGAAUUGAGCAUUAAGGCUUCCUCCCUAGAAGUUCAAAAGUCCCAAUUAGAAGGUCGUUUGGAAGAGAAAGAGUCACAAGUGAAACUUCAGCAAGAAGAGUUGAACAAACACUCUCAUAUGAUAGCAAUGAUCCACAGUUUAAGUGGUGGAAAAAUAAAUCCAGAAACUGUGAAUCUCAGUCUAUAGACAUUCUCUAUCUAUUGGUGGAGGUAGGAUGGGAAGGUAAUUUCUAACUUCAAACAAAUAACAAAUAAUUAUUAAUUUAGUAAAGCACCUGAUCUGAUAAUGUGGUUUUAUUUGGUCUUAAAGUUUUACUUCCUAUUUUGGUCUUUUAUUGCUUAAAGUUUUCUUUGGUUCUCACAUUAGGAUGUUAUUCUCAACCUCCAUUAUUUUUUUAUAAGGUUUUUUUCCUUUUCCUUAGUUGCUUCCCACUUUAUUCUGUUUAAUUAGUCUCAUUUGUGAUUAUUUAGAUUAUAAAAUCCAGUUGUUUGAUGUAACAAUUGUAAAGGUUAAUAAAUUGAAAAUAGAGAGAAAUUAGUAAAAAGAAAAGUCAUGAGACAGCCACACAAGUUUUUCUCUAAAGUAGCACUAAAGAAAAUAUUGGUGAAUUUAAAAUAAUUUUAUUACUGCACUUAAAGUACAAUAAGAUAAAUGGUAUAAGUUCUAAAUUGGAAAAAACAGUGCAAUG